GCUGUCUCUUAACAUUAACAGAACACACACAGGGUCCAACAAGUGACCUGGCACAAGCUCACCUGUCCUGGACACACACACGGUGAGGGGUGAUGCAACUGAAGGUUUGGCGAUGGCUAUGUUGAAUCCUAUGGAGUGGAUCAGGAAGAGCAGGGGCUCCAGGCGCCUUGUGCUGGUGGUGGUGUGUGUGGCUCUGCUGCUGGAUAACAUGUUGCUGACUGUCGUUGUUCCCAUCAUCCCUACCUUCCUGUAUGCCAUGGAGCAUCAACCAAAUGAGCUUUCCUCCUCUCCAUCUCCUCCCACCAUGGACCAGCCCACCUUCUCCUCCAUCUUCUCUCUCUCUGAUAACGUGACCUACACCAACACCAUAACCCAGGAUAACCUCAGUGCCUCAAUUGUUACUCCAGACUCUGAUGGGAAUGCCAGCAUCUCUGACUCGGAUGACUGCAAGGAUGACAGGAAGUUUCUGGAGGAUGAGAACAUGAGAGUCGGCCUAAUGUUUGCUUCCAAAGCUAUAGUGCAGCUUCUGGUCAACCCAUUCGUGGGUCCGCUGACCAACAGGAUCGGGUACCAUAUACCCAUGUUUGCUGGGUUUGUCAUCAUGUUUGUCUCCACGAUAAUGUUUGCUUUCUCAGAGACGUACGCCUUGCUGUUUCUUGCUCGUUCCCUUCAGGGCAUUGGCUCCUCCUUCUCCUCUGUUGCAGGACUGGGCAUGCUGGCCAGUGUAUACUCUGAUGAUAAUGAGAGAGGGAUUGCAAUGGGGAUAGCACUAGGAGGACUCGCCAUGGGUGUGCUCAUUGGUGCUCCUUUCGGCAGCGUCAUGUACGAGUUUGUGAGCAAAAGUUCUCCGUUCCUCGUCCUGGCCUUCCUCGCUCUGUUUGAUGGAGCACUCCAGCUUUGUAUCCUGCAGCCCUCCAAGAUAUCUCCCGGGAGUGUAGAGGGCACACCACUGCUAACUCUGCUGAAGGACCCUUACAUACUCAUCAGUGCAGGAGCUUUGUGUUUUGCCAACAUGGGCAUAGCCAUGUUGGAGCCCACGCUCCCUAUAUGGAUGAUGCAAACCAUGUGUUCACCAAAAUGGCAGCUUGGGGUGGCUUUUCUACCAGCUAGUGUGUCUUACUUAAUUGGAACCAACCUGUUUGGCCUGCUGGCCAACAAAAUGGGCAGGUGGCUCUGCUCCAUGAUCGGCAUGGUCGUUGUUGGCAUCAGCCUCCUUUGUGUUCCUUUGGCCAAAAACAUCUACGGCCUUAUUGGCCCUAAUGGAGGACUAGGAUUCGCAAUCGGAAUGGUUGAUUCUUCCAUGAUGGCUAUAAUGGGCUACCUGGUGGAUAUCAGACACAUCUCUGUGUAUGGAACUGUGUACGCCAUAGCAGAUGUAGCACUUUGUAUGGGAUUCGCUAUAGGUCCAUCUACUGGGGGCGCUAUAGUACAAGCGAUCGGCUUCCCGUAUCUUAUGGUGAUCAUCGGGGUGGUCAAUAUUGUUUACGCACCCCUCUGCUUCUUUCUGAAAAACCCUGCUGCUCAGGAGGAGAAGAUGGCGAUUCUAAACCAGGAGUGUCCCAUGCACGUGAAGAGCUACAGCACGGAGCGUCAAUGUAGAGAGUUCCCCCUGAGUGAUGAGAGUGAUGCUGACCCUGAGGAGUAACACACACAUACACUGUAAGCAAUAAAACACUUCAGGUGUGCUAUUAUAGGCAAAGAAUCAACAACAGAGAUUGUACUAUUACCAAUCUGAAUCACGUCCUGAAGUGUUUUAUUCCUCUUGCACCACAGCAAUUUGUCAACGAUUACAACUUUGUAGUAAUGAAUUAACAACACGUCAUGCUUUUAAAAAAAAAAAUCUGUUUUCCUGUUAUCACUUGCAUUAUAGCAGCUAUAAACAGUCAUUCCCUCACCUCUCUCUCUUUUUGCUGUCUUGAAGUUAAUAAGAAAAAAAAACCAUGCAGCUAUCAAAAAAAAAAAUCGCUAAAUAUAAGUAAACUCCUCUUUUCUGGAAAAAAUGCCUCACUGACACUGGAGACUCCUUCCAUAAAAUCAUAAUAAACAUCUCACUGUCAGUUAAACAUCACUAUAUUUAAGUUAUUCCAUGAAAUCGAGUCGUACAUGAGUUGAUGUACGUAUAUAAUCCAUGUACGACGAGAUUGAGUGGAAUAACUGUUUUAUUCUAUCCACGUUCACUGGAUUUUGAGAUACGGAACAUUUUUAUUUUUUGCAAAUUCAAUAAAUAAAAUCUUCAUACAAAACAUCCGACAAAAUAAGUUCCGCUUGGAAUGUAAACAAACUGGUGAAAUGACGGGAGCAGUUUGUGAAAAAUGCAAUAAUAAUUCUUGAAAAAUAAAGAAAAAAGAUACGUUCUUGCCAUCAAAUACUUUCAUUCCAUAUUUUGUUGCGCUUUUUUUUUUUUUUUGUAUUUUUUGGGUUUUCUUUGUUCUUCUUUAGGGUUUUUUGGCGGUUGACAAACCAACUUAAAAGGUGCAUUACCACCACCAACUGGGCUGGAGUGUGGAACAAGCGAUAUUGGGGGGGAAAAACAAACAAACUAUAUUCUUUUAGCUAUUUCUGUUUCUUUUAAAUACUUGAUAAUUUUUGGGGUUUUGUUUUCAAGUAGUUUUUAUUUUAUCCUCAGUUGGUUCAGCAACAUGCUUCACCAUUUUGUUUUUCCUCUACUCACGGUAUAUGAGCUGAUUAGCCUAGUAGUAAAGUAGCCAAUCAGAGUGCGCCAUUGCUCAUAUCAAGUGAAUGUGCCUAGAAUAAAAAGGUUUAUAUGUUUGUUUGCUUUGUUGAAUAACUUGUAGUCUUCUUGUGUAAGUUGUUCCUAUAGAAAUGAUAAUGUAUUAGAACCAUUCAGAAUCGAGAAUUCAACAGGGUUUGGAUAAUGUGAGUUCUUGUACUGUGUUUCACUUUACUUGGAUGGCCAUGAUUCAAA